CUGUGAUGAAGUUUCAUGUUUUAUGCAUUCCAACCAUUAAUAAUAAAAAGCAACCUUCAGGGGACCGAUGGGAAGGAUCGAGAUCGUGACCGGGAUCGUGAAGAUCGAUCUAAAGAUCGAGACCGAGAACGUGAUAGAGGAGAUAGAGAACGGGAGAGGGAGAAAGAAAAAGAGAAGGAAUUGCGAGCUUCUACAAAUGCUAUGCUUAUCAGUGCUGGAUUACCACCUCUAAAAGCUUCUCAUUCAGCUCACUCAACCCACUCGGCACAUUCAACACAUUCAACACAUUCUGCUCAUUCAACACACACUGGACAUGCAGGACACACAUCACUUCCACAGUGCAUUAAUCCAUUUACCAACUUACCCCAUACUCCUCGAUACUAUGAUAUUCUAAAGAAGCGGCUUCAGCUCCCUGUUUGGGAAUACAAGGAUAGGUUUACAGAUAUCCUAGUUAGACAUCAGUCCUUUGUACUGGUUGGUGAGACUGGGUCUGGUAAAACAACACAGAUUCCACAGUGGUGUGUGGAGUACAUGCGAUCAUUACCAGGACCCAAGAGAGGAGUUGCCUGUACCCAACCCAGGAGAGUGGCUGCAAUGAGUGUGGCUCAGAGAGUUGCUGAUGAAAUGGAUGUGAUGUUGGGCCAGGAAGUUGGUUACUCCAUUCGAUUUGAAGACUGCAGUAGUGCAAAAACCAUUCUUAAGUAUAUGACUGAUGGGAUGUUACUUCGUGAAGCUAUGAAUGAUCCCCUUCUGGAACGUUAUGGUGUAAUAAUUCUUGAUGAGGCUCAUGAAAGGACAUUGGCUACAGAUAUUCUCAUGGGUGUUCUGAAGGAAGUUGUAAGACAGAGAUCAGAUUUAAAGGUUAUAGUUAUGAGCGCUACUCUAGAUGCAGGAAAAUUCCAGAUUUACUUUGAUAACUGUCCUCUCUUAACUAUUCCUGGGCGUACACAUCCUGUCGAGAUCUUUUAUACUCCCGAACCAGAGAGAGAUUAUCUUGAAGCAGCGAUUCGAACAGUGAUCCAAAUUCAUAUGUGUGAAGAGGAGGAGGGAGAUCUUCUCCUUUUCUUAACUGGUCAAGAGGAAAUUGAUGAAGCCUGUAAGAGAAUAAAACGUGAGGUUGAUGAUUUGGGCCCGGAAGUUGGUGACAUUAAAAUCAUUCCAUUGUACUCUACACUCCCACCUCAGCAGCAGCAACGGAUUUUUGAACCUCCGCCUCCAAAAAAGCAGAAUGGAGCAAUUGGAAGAAAGGUAGUUGUAUCAACUAACAUUGCAGAGACGUCUUUGACAAUAGAUGGUGUGGUAUUUGUGAUUGAUCCUGGAUUUGCGAAACAAAAGGUGUACAAUCCUCGAAUCAGAGUUGAGUCCCUUUUGGUGACAGCUAUUAGUAAAGCUUCAGCUCAACAAAGGGCUGGUCGAGCUGGACGUACCAGACCUGGGAAGUGCUUCAGACUUUACACAGAGAAAGCUUAUAAAACAGAAAUGCAGGAUAACACCUAUCCUGAGAUUUUACGUUCUAAUUUAGGAUCAGUUGUGUUACAGUUGAAGAAACUUGGUAUUGAUGAUUUGGUGCAUUUUGAUUUUAUGGAUCCACCAGCUCCUGAAACUCUGAUGAGAGCCCUAGAACUUUUGAAUUAUCUGGCUGCUUUAAAUGAUGAUGGAGAUCUGACUGAAUUGGGAUCCAUGAUGGCAGAGUUUCCUCUAGAUCCACAGCUCGCUAAAAUGGUUAUUGCAAGUUGUGACUACAACUGUUCUAAUGAGGUCCUAUCUAUUACUGCUAUGUUGUCAGUCCCACAGUGUUUUGUUCGCCCCACGGAGGCCAAGAAAGCUGCAGAUGAGGCCAAGAUGAGAUUUGCCCACAUAGAUGGAGAUCAUCUGACACUGCUGAAUGUCUACCACGCUUUUAAACAAAAUCAUGAAUCAGUUCAGUGGUGUUAUGACAACUUCAUUAACUACAGGUCCCUGAUGUCAGCAGAUAAUGUACGCCAGCAGCUAUCACGAAUUAUGGACAGAUUUAAUUUGCCUCGUCGAAGUACUGACUUUACAAGCAGGGACUAUUAUAUUAAUAUAAGAAAAGCUUUGGUUACUGGGUAUUUUAUGCAGGUGGCACAUUUAGAACGAACAGGGCAUUACUUAACUGUGAAAGAUAACCAGGUGGUUCAGUUGCAUCCCUCUACUGUUCUUGACCACAAGCCCGAAUGGGUGCUUUAUAAUGAGUUUGUUCUUACAACAAAGAAUUACAUCCGGACGUGUACAGAUAUCAAGCCAGAAUGGUUGGUGAAAAUUGCCCCUCAAUAUUAUGACAUGAGCAAUUUCCCACAGUGUGAAGCAAAGAGACAGUUGGACCGCAUCAUUGCCAAACUUCAAUCCAAGGAAUAUUCACAGUACUGAAUUCAAUGCUUAGAACUGAAGUUAUUCAGAGGACAGCUUUAAAAGAUGAAUGAACUCAAAAGUUCAAGUUGUGCUCUUCACGUUGGUUCAAUAAUGGCCUUUAUUUGAAAGCUUUUUAAUUUUUCUUUACAGUAAAUAUUCCAUUCUGAUUUCAUAAAUUAAACAUUUAUGCCUCCCUUUUGUGUUGACACUGUAGCUCAUACUGGAAAAGUCGAUCAAUGUUUUGCAGUUUAUUGAAAGUAGUUCUAUAUAUAACAAUGUUAUAAGCAUUUCUUUAGAAAUGGUUGAAAAUGCUCCUAAAAUGUGAUUAUCGACCAUGGUAUGCAUGAUCGUUGUAAUUGUUGACAUUCCUUUUAGAAGUUGUGAAAUGUUACAACUUGUGCUUAUGUAGACACAAUCUUCUGUCUCAGUACAGAGGCACUGACUUCAAUAAAGUCUAUUUAUACUAAA